AUGGGAGAAGAAAGGGAAAUGACAGCGGAAGAAUCAUCACAGAAACAGUACAACCAGGAGGCAAGUUCGCAAUGGCAGAACGCAACCGCCGGAGCUGUGGCGGGGUUCGCCACCGUCGCUGCUAUGCAUCCCCUCGACGUCGUCCGGACUAGGUUUCAAGUAAACGACGGCCGAGUAACCGGUCUCCCGACUUACAGGAACACUGGCCACGCUGUAUUAACCAUUGCUCGCAUGGAGGGCAUCAGAGGGCUUUAUGCAGGAUUCUCCCCAGCGGUUCUUGGUUCCACCGUAGCAUGGGGUCUAUAUUUCUUCUUCUACAGCAGAGCUAAACAAAGGUAUUCAAAGGGCAAGAAUCAAAGUCUGAGUCCUCUUCUUCAUCUUGCAUCUGCUGCAGAAGCUGGAGGUUUGGUUUCCCUGUGCACAAAUCCCAUCUGGCUGGUAAAGACAAGGUUUCAGUUGCAGGCCCAUCAUCAAUCUUCCCGACCCUAUUCUGGACUUUAUGAUGCUUUUAAAACAAUCAUGAGAGAGGAAGGAUGGAAGGCACUAUAUAAAGGACUUGGUCCUGGGCUUAUUUUGCAGGUUUCUCAUGGUGCCAUCCAGUUCACUGUAUAUGAGGAACUCCGCAAACUUCUCCUUCACCACAGAUCCAAUGGGACAAAAGGACACCAUGAUAAUGCUGAUAGUAAUUUGCUGAAUACAGUUGAUUAUGCUGUUCUAGGGGGUUCUUCGAAACUUUCGGCCAUUCUUUUGACCCAUCCAUUUCAGGUUGUUCGAGCUCGUAUGCAGCAACGGCCAGGUGCUGAUGGGACUCCGAGAUAUUUGGAUAGCUGGCAUGUGGUAAAGGAGAGUUUCCGGUAUGAAGGAUUUCGGGCUUUCUAUAAGGGUAUUACGCCAACUAUUUUAAAAAGUGUCCCGACUUCCUCAAUCACCUUUCUUGUGUACGAGAAUGUCCUCAAGUUGCUGAAAUUGGCAAGCAGGGACUGA